AAUGAAGACCAUUCUCAGCAGUCAGACUGUGGACAUCCCCGACCAGGUCGAGGUGAGGUUGAAGGGGCGGACAGUCACUGUCAAGGGGCCCCGUGGCAAACUCGUCAGGGAGUUUAACCACAUCAACCUGGAGCUCAGUCUGCUGGGCAAGAAACAGAAGAAGCUUCGUGUGGAUAAAUGGUGGGGUAACAGGAAGGAGUUGGCCACGGUCCGCACCAUCUGCAGCCACGUCCAGAACAUGAUCAAGGGAGUCACCUUGGGCUUCCGGUACAAAAUGCGCUCGGUGUACGCCCAUUUCCCCAUCAACGUCGUCAUCCAGGAGACUGGAACUCUGGUGGAGAUCAGGAACUUCCUGGGAGAGAAAUACAUCCGCCGCGUCCGAAUGAGGGCUGGUGUGAACUGUGCAGUGUCCACUGCCCAGAAGGACGAGCUGAUCCUGGAGGGAAACGACAUUGAGCUGGUGUCAAACUCAGCUGCUCUGAUCCAACAGGCUACCACAGUCAAAAAUAAGGAUAUCAGAAAGUUCUUGGAUGGUGUUUACGUGUCUGAGAAGGGAACAGUAGUGGAUGCCCCUCAGUAAAAAAAUACAUCUGCACUCAUUGAGCGGCCUUGAUCCAACAGGCCACCACGGUCAAAAAGAAGGACAUCAGGAAGUUCCUGGACGGAAUCUAUGUGAGCGAGAAGACCACCGUGGUCCAGCAGGAUACUGAAUAAUUGUUCACUAUGUCCUUAUGACCAAUAAAACUACCAACUUUUCCAGCCAAUCUC